GAACAAGAUGGCUGCGCCCAUAAUUCAAACCAAGAUAACUUCAAAUGCUGACCUUCUAAGGGAGAUAACUGAAACAUUGAGGGAAAUUGGAUGUUGUCCAAGAUGUAUACUGAGGUACAUUGGGGAAAGACAAGGAGAUGUUUACAGAUUGACAACACAGGAAAUUGAGAAGAUGGUUGAAUCAAUAUUAAAGAAGGAAAAUGUGUUUCCAUUAACUACGCCAUGUCCAGUGUGUUUAGGUAUACUACAGGCAUAUAUAGAUGAAGAAUUUCUGCAAAAGAUUAAAAAUGCUGUAGAGAAAGAUGAUUAUGAAUUUAAGACCUUUAUAUGUUCACUGACAAUACCUGUUUGUAUACUUGUUAGAGAGCAUUCUGUUUUAAUACAUCUACAAGACAAGUUCAAAGAUGAAUAUGAAAUUAUGACAUUGCCAGAUUUUGUAUCAAUAAAAGAAGCGUGGAAGUUAAGGUGUGGUCCAUUGUUAUCUAACCUCAUCAAUGUUCCGUUUGAUCAAAAGAGUAUGUUUGACAUAGCUGUGUUGUUUAACUAUGAAAGAUCAGAUAAAGAAUGUUCUUUCCUUUCAGAUGAGAAACCUGAUAUAUUUAUCAAAAGAAAAAGUAAAAACUUUAGGAACCUUGAUGAAACUUUCACCAGAAACAAUGUUAUAAAAGCUUUAGACAGUAUGUCAGAAGAUUUGUUUAAAAGGUUGUAUAAGACUCCACCAUCACCACCUAAAAGUUCAUGUAAUUUUCUGGACAUCAAAUGUUCUCAUGAACCAGUGUUUGUAGCAGGUAGAUAUAACAAAUAUAGCCGAGAGCUGAGUCAGACACCAUGGUUUAUAGAGGGUAAAAGAAAGGGUGUGUCCUCUGUGGAAGAAGAAAUUUGUAAUCUUAUCAAAAAGACAUUCAGAUAUGAAGAAGGCAGAUUUUCAGCCUCAGGUAGAGAGGAUGUAGAUGUCCGAAUGUUAGGUUCAGGUAGGCCCUUUGUUGUAGAAAUGAUUAAUCCAAGAAAAAUUACAGUAACAGAAGAAGAAAUGAUAUUGUUACAACAAGAAAUCAACAAAAAUUCCACAGAUGUGAAAGUUCAAGAUCUGCAGAUUGUUUCAAAAGAAGAAACAAACAAUCUAAAGGAAGGAGAAAUGGAAAAAACCAAAUGUUACUCAGCGUUAUGUUGGGCAGCUGAACCUCUUACUGCUGAUAAACUAUUAAAAUUAGAUUCUAUCAAGGAUUUGGUCAUGCAGCAAAAGACACCAAUAAGAGUCCUACACAGACGACCACUAGCCACAAGAGAAAGGACUAUUCACAGUAUGUCAGCCAAGCUACAAGAUGACCAUCAUUUUAUACUGCUUCUAAAUACUCAAGCAGGAACAUAUAUAAAAGAAUUUGUGCAUGGAGAUUUUGGUAGAUCAACACCAAACAUGUGUACAUUACUGGAUAUGGAGUGUGAUAUAUUAACUUUAGAUGUAGAGUCUGUAGAGUUGGAAUGGCCAAAAAGAUUAGAGUAUAAUCAUACAAAUGAUGAACAUUAGCCAUAUUUAAUAAUACUUUUUUAAACUUUCAUUGAAAAUAAACUAAAAAUGAAUGAAA